UGGUCACAUGACAGUCAGUCAGCUGAUGAUACUGAGCUCUUCAUCUUCUAUAAUCACCUCUCUCGAUCAGUCUGAUAUUUUAGUGUACUUUUAUAUAUUGUAAAUAUUUAAAUAGUAUGUUGUUUAUAUAGACAGAAUAUAUAUUUGUAUUUAAUAUUUUAAAUUGUAUCGUUAUAAGGACUCUUGUGUUUUAAAUAUGUCUGGACCAAACGGAGAUCCCGAUAUUUCAGCUGAUAAUGGAAUAAUCGAGGAUGAAGAUGAAUUCAGUGAAGAAGAGUACGCAGCGAUCGACUCCAUGCUGGACCAGAUCAACUCGUGUCUGGACGACAUCGAGGAGAAGAACGACUCUCUGAACGGGAAACUUCACGAGCUCCUGGAGUCCAACAGACAAGCCCGACGAGACUUCAGACAACAGCUGAGUGAUGAAGAACAUGCCCAUCCUCAUCCUUCAGAGGAAGACCUGGCGUCCAGAGACACACACACCCGAGACUAGAGAUUAUUAUUAUUAAUGCAUUGAUGAUGUAAAAUACCUGCAUCGUCGUCUCAGUGGACCAGUAUGGUAGCAUUAUUAUUAUUAUUAUAUAUGUAAACGUCUUUAUGUGGUUGUUCUGUUGUUAAGCUGCACUGAUUUGAAAGCAUUAAAGCGCGAUCGUGGUAAAAUCACUGUAACGCACAGCCUCGAGUGGAUUAUUGCUUUCAUGUGAUAUGCAACGUGAAUAUGAGAAGUAUUUUAAUAAAUAUUGAUCAAGGAUGCAAACAAGUUUAUAUGAAAGGUUAUUUCAGCC